UAGUGUUAUUUACAAUGUUGGCAUCAGUAGUUUUAUUAACUUUUUGCUUUUUUACAACGUUUGCAUCCCAAGGUGAUUAUGUCCAGUGGAUAACCUAUACGGGGGAGAUUCCGAAUAAUGCCGUUCCCGGAGGCUCGGACGCAAAAAACAAUCCCGAAUUUAUCGGUAGGGCGUUCUACGCCACGGAUUCUUUCACCGAUGGAUGGACCGAAAACAGUACCGAAGGGUACUUCCCCGGUGUUCUCCAAAAUGGAGCCGAAUCAAUCGAAGUGAUUGUUUACCGAGAACCUCAUACAAUAACAGAAGGAAUUGAAAUACUUGUAGCUAAUGAAGAAACACAUUUAGAAUGGAAAGAAGUGAUGUCCUUCGAAUUUCCUAAAUUGUUCGACGAUCCUCGAUAUCAUCCAGUGAUAGUGGGAAAUGAAUUUCAUGGUUUCCUAUACAAUUCGACCGUUUAUUUAGGAAGAGUUAAUCACCAAGGAAGUGACGUAUUUGGGAAGAUAUUAAAUAUCGCUAAUGCAGGAGAAAAUAAAAUUUUGUAUUACGCUUUUCAAGGCGAAUUCCACACGGCCGAAAAAUACGACGUUUUAGUUUAUUAUUUUUAAGUUUAUACAUAAAAUUUAUUGAUUUAUCUAUUACUUUUAUUCCUCGGUGUAUAAACAACUACACGCCCUCAUUACGUGAUAUCUAAUCUCAAGAUCAUAAACGUUUACAAUCCACUCGUAUUGUGAUCCGAAAAAAAAAUAAAAUAAAAACAAUUCGUUCGAAAUAAAUCUAUAGUCCGACGUAAAAAAGUGGUUCCAGUUAAGAAAAGUAGCAGUAUAUAUAUAUCGAUAUCUGGCCGGUAUAAUUCAAAUAAUAUUCCAACUGAAGAUAAUAUUUCUUGCAGUCGCCUCUCAUAUCUCUUGAUGUGACAAAACGCUGGCUCAGCCGAGUCCACUGGUUUAUCUCUAUCUCUCUUUUCACAUUCUUAUUCCAUAGGCGUAUCGACGAAAAUAACAAAACUAACAACGAAAUAGCAAGUAAACGAAUUGUUGGUUGCAUAAGUUCAUAUUUAUAACCGAUAGGCUAUAAAUAAACGACACCAAUCACGCACUACACCAUCACUCAUGAAGAAUAAUGGCGGACAUGUUUACGUGGCUGUAGUACAACGCCGAAUCAUGCCUGAAUGUCAAAAAUGGCGGAGUAUGUAGUGCGAGAGCUGCGCAGUCACUUACUGCGUUUUUCUGCCCGCGUACCGUCUGCACGGAGCGAUCGGAUGUUGAAAAAGACACGGUCCUCGUAUGUUUAGUAAUCAAUUUUAAAAUUUGUUAUUAACCACUACGUAAUAUCAUUUUUCUUCAUAUGUUUUCGU